AUGGCGGCGACGUCCGUGGGCUUUACGAACCUAGCGGAUGUGGGAAGCAGUCCGGGAAACGCGAAGGAGGCGUCGCAACCUGGGCGGUCGUCCACACCAUCCAAGAGCACGAAUGACCGACACAAGAAGAAAGGCCACUCAACUCGGCGGUACAGCGUAUUCCCGUCCUCGUCUCUAAGUCGUUGCAGGCUGCUGCCGUUGGAUCUCUCGGCGUUUGACAUUACACAAAAGUCCAAGCGCAUCUUUCAAAAAAAGGACUUGGCGGAAGCCGUGCGCCGCGUGAACAUGCCGAUCGUGCUACCGCAGCGGGAACCAGGCCCCUCGACGUUGGAAGUACCCGAGUCCGACCCGAACGCAACCAACAAAGACGUGUCCAUCUUGGAAGACGGCGUCAACUUUAAUGCACGCAAGUACAACGAACGCAGGCGAAUCGCCGAAACAAAGGAGAAGGAGCUCCAGCAUUUGCUCGACGAGUACAAAACGAUGCAACUCGAGACGGACACCCUCGACAAGAUCCACAAUCAAGAGUCGUCCGGGGCCAAGGAGAUUCAGCGCCUCAAUGCGGAAAUCGAAGAGUGCAUGCUGUCUAUGGAAGAGAAGAUUCACACGCGAAGGCAGCUGGAGCACAUGAUUCGGCGCCUCCAGUCGAAUCAAGUCAAGUUCGACUCGCACAUUGCUGCCAUGUCGGUGGCAGUCGAAGCUAGUGUUCGGGAAGCAGAAGACGUGCGUGUUUUGUGCCGGCAACUCGAGGCUGGCAAGAGCCGUACGAUUCAGAUGCUGCAAGACUUGCAGCAACAAGUUGCCCUCGACCGCAAGACACGAGGCCGCGAGCUGUCUGAAAAUACGAUCAAAGCCAAAAACGCAGAGCGCAUGGAGCAGUGGCGGCUUAAGCGCAUCAAGCAGCGGUCCGAGCUCGCCGCCGAGCUGCGCGGCGACUUGUCCUUCGACGAAGAGCGGAAACUCCUACGAGAAAUAGACAGCAAACGCAAGGCAGGGAGCGACCUGAGUGCAGCGAAUAUGGAGAUUUCCCAGCGGGCAGCAGAUCACGACCAGGUGUUUGUGCAGCUGAAGCAGGUCACUGGCGCGAGCAGCCUCCAAGACGUUGUCGACAAAUUUGCUGCUCAAAACAGCAGCAAUUCAUCGCUGGAAAAAGAAAAGGCCCGGGCGGAGGCGCGGUUGGCGGCUGCCAAGGCAUCCAAAGAGAGCUCGCUCAAGUCGUUGAACGAUCUAAAAGCGUCUGGUAUUGGUGGCAUUGAGUUGAACCGAGAUGUGUACACGGCGCUAGAAAACGAAAUCUUAGUGGCCAAAGGCCAUCUCAAAGGCAACAAAGCUGCGUACGACUGCCUCGACGGCGUCUUGGCGGCCGUCCGGCAGGGCGCGAGCAGCCUUGUCCAGCGCCUUUUUCCAUUCGACGUACGUUGCGUCAUCGCGUAUGAGAGGGAACCAGCACCAUCUUACACCGUAUGUCGCCGACAUGUGCAGGAAGUGCUAGAGAUCAACGACGAUGCGCUGGCGGCCUUGACGGGCAAGGAUUCGGCCAACGACCUGUUGGCAGUGGCAGAGAUCAAGUUUUCCAAAGUGCUCGAGCUCGUGGGCCAGCAAAAUGGAUCAGUCGGUGGAUUCAAUGGCUAUGGCGGCGAUGCGGACGACGGAUUUGAUGAACACGCCCGAGGGGACUUGAACGACGACGUCAAGCACGCCGUGUGGACCCCCACAGGCAACAGUGACCCAGUCGUCCAUCGGAACAACAUCCGUGUCCAGCCGAGGGUGGUCGCCAUGCCGCCGUCCAAAACUCCAGACAGCGCACGGUCCGAUACGUCGUCGUCUGCUGGACUCGUCGAAGACGACAGAGAAGCCAUGGAUGGGGUCAUGGACGUGUUGGUGCCAUCGCGGGACAUCCUCAAGAUGAGCAGCAAUCGCCACUUUGCCGAGAUCAUGCGAAAAAAAGAGCUGGCGGAGAAGCGCAAAAAUGCCGCCGAGCGCGGGAUCUCAGACGAGGAACUCACGACGAAACUCAAAAAGAAAAAUCAGAACGAAGCAGACAAGCGAUUGUCGGCCAACCCGACGUCGAGGGUGGGCCUACCGCCCGGCGUGUGCCUGAAAGACGACGCCAUCACAAAGUCGACUGCGUUUGUGACGCAGAUGCCCACCUUGCUAUAA